AUGGGCCACGGCAUCGGCGCCAUCAAAGCCGCAGGUCUGUCUCCUUUCGCCAGCGCCUUUACGUACGAGGGCUACGUUGCCGUCACGUUCGAUUACAUCGGCUUCGGAGAGAGCGAGGGCACUCCGCGAAACAUCCUCAACGUACAGCACGAGCUGCAAGACUUUAGAGAUGUGAUCAAGUGGGUUCGAGAACCCGACCAAGCAGACUGGGUCGAUUCGGCACGCAUCGUCGCCUGGGGCAGCAGCUUUGGCGGGAUGCACGUUACGGCGCUGAUGAGCGAAGACCACGAUCUCGCUGCGGGGAUCUCUCAGUGCCCUCUGGUGGACGGUCCUGCGGGUGUUUUGCAGAUGCCGCUUACUCGGUCGUUGACGCUGGCAGCCACGGCGACAUUAGAUAUCGUUGGUUGGCUUUUGGGAGCCAAGGAGCCGCAGUACGUCAAGCUGGUCAGCGACGGAUCUUCUACAGCGGUCAUGGCCUCGCAAGAGGUUGUUGAGGGGUGGGCCAGGUUAGCACCGGAGCAUGGAGAAGACUGGCCGAACAUGAUUGCCGGGAGGUCUUUGUUGAGCAUAAUGUUGUCACGACCGCUGCAGCAAGUUCGCAAAAGUACUCGACCGUACCUAAUUGUUUUACCAACCUGGGAUCAUGAGGCUUCCUUGGAUGCGGCCGAGGAGUGCGUCAGGCGGGCGCCUCUGGGAGAGGCAUUGAGGGUUGAGGGUGGACAUUUUGAUUUAUACAAGGGAGGCAAGUCGUUUGAGAAGAAUGUGGAAGGGCAAAAGCAGUUCUUGAGGCGUGUACUCGAGAAAUGA